AUGAAGACCACUUUACCAGGGAUUGUGAAGGUUGAGAAGGACACAGUUUGGCGUGUGUUCUACUUCAAUCCACGCCUCCUUGCCCAGGCUCGUCCUCUCGAGAUACUUGCGGAGCUCGAAAACGAUCUGGCCAGUAAGCAGGGACCUGAUAUACCGACUCCGGAAUCUAUGGGGUCCACUGUCGAAUUGUUACCAAAUAUCAGAACACCAGGAGUCACCCAGGACACUUUGGACCAACUAUCGGUUUCUCGAGUCUGGCACGAUACCAAGAAUCCUGAAAUUCAGCCGUUGGAGGACUCGUGCUUGUUGGCGUUUCCUCGCUAUCACCUCUCAAUGCAUCCGGCAUCGAGAGUCAAUCAAGCCCUCCACGGCUUGCGUAAUCCGGUCGAAUAUGAAGCACAUACUCUCAGCACAUCGAAGUUCCAUAUUCUUCUCAAGGAACUUGACAUCCAGGUCUUCCAGGAUCUUUCCAGUCUUUUGAGGGAUGAGAAAUAUCUCACCUCCGGCGCUUCUUUUGACAUCUCUGUUGCGAUUGCAAGGUCAAACUCCCAGUUUCAGCCAUUCUCUGAUGGAACAGCUCGGCCUCGCUGGAUUGGAGGUUCUGUAGUAGCGCUCAAGAGGCUUAAGCCUCCACGAACAAGGCCAGGAAUAAGAGAAUCUAUCCAGUUUCCGCGGAUUCAUCGCUCAUUGAUACAUGAACUCCGAAUUCUGAGUCAUGCUUCUCUGCGAAAUCAUAGGAAUCUCAUCAACCUCUUCGGUAUCGCCUGGGAGAGGCACCAUGACGUUAGCGGCAUCGACUAUAUGAGACCUGUGGUUGUGCAAUCAUGCGCGACACGAGGAAACCUGCGAGACUAUCUCCGCGCUAAGACGGAUGACAAGGAAUUGCCAUGGCGAACCAAAAUGCUGUUCUGCAAAGAUAUUCUCGAUGGGUUGGCCUUUCUACACGCAAGCAAUGUCAUUCACGGCGAUAUCAAAUGCGACAACAUUCUCCUCGAGGAAGACUCCAAUACACAGCUAGUGGCUAAGCUGACAGAUUUUGGGUUUUCCAUCAUCGUUCCUUUGAGUGUUAGCGCUGCACCAAUUCUGGAGGUUGAAAUGCUGAGUGGGACUGAAGCAUAUAUGGCGCCUGAAGUGUACAUCGCAAAGCAGAACGGGACUACGACAUUGUCGACGAGCGUAGCAUUCAGUUCUGACAUCUACGCCUUCGGGCUUACUGCAUGUGAGAUCGCUCUUAACGGUCGAUACGUGUUCUCCGCCUUGUUGAGUCCCAGCGAAACACCUGAAGUCACUCCAUCGGCGGAUCAAGAUAGUGAAUCAGCGGAGGCCUGGAUCAAGUCCAAGAUAAGAGACAAUGCCGAUGACCUGCUGCUUCGUCCCCUCAAAACCCUCAUCGACCAUAUGGAGGGAACGGAUGAGUAUCGGCUUUCCGAGGUGCUCGAUAUAACUUUCAGGCGUCGAGCUGAAGACCGUGCAACGGAUAUCGCCACCAUAAGAUCUGUAGUGGUUGGCUACGAUGAGGAGGCGACUAUUCCAACAGUCGGGAGCCCGAUAUCGCUAGACAAAAGCUCAAACUCGUCUCUCUCCUUUUUGUUCAAACAGAGAUACGAGAUAUUCAACGUCAACGGGCAGCCCGUCCAGCUCAGAGUCCAUGAUGUAUCAGUAUCCGUACUGAGAAAGCUAGAUUCGGCUCUCUCCUCACAGAUUCUGGAAGACUUGAAGGUCAAAGCCAGCCCUGCUGUUUCUCUACAGACCACAAAUGUCCACAAGAUGAAUACGCUGUCACUGGGUGAUGUUGCCUCAGUCUCUUUUUGCGCUUACCAGAUGUUUAUAUGUCACUUGCACGGCUAUGGCGUACCUUUCGAUCUCGAGAUGGCCGUCCAGUACCUCAAAGCUAGCGCUCACGGAGGCUAUGUGCCAGCUCUCGUGGCUGUUUCGAACUUCCGAGAUCUAAAAGCGGAUCCUCUCUUCGCCAGAAACGACCGGAUUCAAGACGCACUCGAGGCUCAAGUAUCCAUUGGUCCACGGUUUGGAAUACUCCUGUGGCUUGUAGCAUGCCGCACUCUCCGGCGCGAUAACCUCGAAGCCUAUCAGAGAGGUUUCAAGAAACUCAAUAGCAGUGGCUACGCUGAACUUGGUGAAGCUCCAGACUGCUACACACAGCUAGAUGCGGAGACCUUUGGAGGUCCAAGUGUCGAAUACCAGUGGGUUGCCCGAGGGACAAUGCCUCUGGUUCUUCGACUCCUGCCCAUCCUUUCCGUCCAAGAGUUCACCACGUGCUUCAAUAAUGGCUGUUUUCCCAGUGGGGCCGUCAACUACAACAAUGAAACUGCCUUGUACAUGUGCUGCCGUGCUGGUGAAAAGGAGAAAGUACUUGCGCUCUUGGAUACAUAUGAAUGGGCUCGAGCAGAAGUCACAGUUGCCAACAGGCAGGGCAGGUUUCCAUUGCAUUGGCUAUGGGCAUUUGAGCGAGAUGAUGCACAAGCGGUGGCCGAAGCUCUACUGUCCCACGGCGCCGACGUGGACGCCAUAGACGAGGACGGCUUCAGAGCGAUCGACUACGCUAUUGUAGCGCAUUGUCCGGAUGUUGUAUCACUGUUGCUAACCAAAAUGAUCAACAUUUUCAAAGGACCAGAACGAUUAGGUAAGGACCUUCUCACCCUGAUUCGUGCGAUCAAUUGCGGUGAGCCAACCACAGCGAUUGAACUUCUCCAAAAAGCUGGAGCCGAGAUCGUCGAAAAAGCGUUCCGUGGAGCUGCUCAAGGAGAAGCAACUUCAAGGGUCCUACAGUUUGGGAAUGCCUUUCAGGAAAGACUCGUUUCCCUAAUAAAGGCAGCUACCCGACACGUCGGACCAACCAACUCCCCCACAAGCAUGUUCGAAACAGUCCUUAUUGUGGCCAUUGCAGCUAGAAGUGUCGACUUUGUAGAAGCAUUGUUGGAUGCUCAGGUCGUUCCGCAGUUCAGUUCAGCAAAAUGGUCGACGGUAGCAUUGGCCUCCGCGGCGGAGUGGUCCCAACUUGACGUCUUCAAGAAGAUUCUCAAGAUAUCGGCUCCUCUAUCCCUUGACGAUGCACACACCGUGCUUGGCCUAGCGAUCCAAUACAAGGGACACUCACAGCUUGCCAUCGCAUUGGCAUUCAUCGAGUAUUUGGAUGAAUGCGGCACCAUAAAAGAAGUAGUCAAUUAUCGAGUACCCUCUGCCUGCCCCCCAUUCUGCGAUAUAAAGCAUGAUCACUUCUUUUAUCCAACCCAGUUCUGGAAUGCCGUGGAUGAAGGUGCACACGAUAUUGCAAACAUACUUGCUUCAUAUUGA